GACACUCCCCCUCCUUCACUUCGGCGACAGAGCGGCUCCUUGAACAUCAACUGCAAGAUGAAAAACGCUGUAUUUUAUCUCCUGGUGGUGGGCGUGGCAUCGGCCCAGAUCCUCGUCUCUCCCGAGUCUCGCCAGUGCAGAGAUCUGGCUGCCAUGGACGAGGCCAUACCAAGCGGCAACCUGAUGGAGUAUACUGAGGGAGAAGUGAUGGAAGUGAAGGCCCAGAUCCCAAUGGCGGGGAGCGGCGUCUUCGAGUUCUACCUUUGCCCCGAAACUGACGAAGGCGAUGAAGAAUGUCUUGUGAAAAUGCCCCUGAACAUCGCAGGAGGAAUGGGCAAGAAAUUCGACUUGGCCAAGAUACCCGCAUCGGAUGAAUACACUAUUCCUUUGGAAAUACCGAAGGAUGUAACUUGUGAGAGAUGCACGCUGUUGUGGAUGCUGAUUCAGAACUUCUGCCCUGAAGAUACGACUGAGCCCUGUGUAUCGACGACUGCGACUAUGUGUGCUGACGUUACUAUUGUGGAGAAAAAGAAGCAACAGAAGCGUGAUUUUGGCAAUUUUUUCAAAGGAGUUUUCCAUCACGCUAUCAACGGAGCCGCCAAGGGAAUCGCCGGAUGUGGAAAGUAAAAAAAAAGAGCAAAGAAAAACAAAAAAACAGAAAAAAAGUGUAACUUGAUUUUUUCCUGUUUUUUUUCUUUAUUUUCUUAGGCGGGGGAGGAGGGAAUCUCUUUGGAAAAAAAAUCUCUUUUUCCUUCGAAAAUAAGUGUUGUUUUUCACUAUUUUCCUUCUUUUUCGUCACUUCUUUAUUUACAUUCAUCUUCUCUUCCUCCUUUCUCUACUAUCAUCUUUUCCUCUUUUUCUUUUUGUUUCGAUUUUGUAUUGCCUUUAGGGUAAACUAUCUUAAAAGUCAUAAAUCUAUUAUUUUUUUCAUUGCAAGGAGUAACAAAAAAAAUGUUAUGUAAUGAAUAUGUUAAAUGUGAAAAAAAAUACAAUAGAGAUAAUAAAGUUUAUUGAAUGAA